ACAUUCCCAUUCCCGACUGAGAUUCGGUCUUGGUUUGAUUUUUGGACUGACGUCAUCACGUGCGGCUUCCCACGUGUGAACGCUUCAGUCCAAAUAUCCUACCUAAAGCGAAUCUCAGCUUAGAUUUGCCUAUCUUAGGCCUACAUUUAGACCAUCUUAUCAAAAUCAAACCUCAUACUUUUUCAUACAUGUAUAUAUAGUGUUCUCAGUGGGUAAUUACCGAGCAAAGGCAUCCCCCCCCCCCCCCCCGGCAUACAAUAAUAUUAUUCCUCAGACACCACCCCCUGGCCGGAUAAAUUGAUCCAUUAAGACGUGCAAAUUUUAUUCAAACCCAAUUUUUCACACAAUUUUAAUUAUUUUAAAAACAACGUGUAUGUAUAUUAUAGUUUUUGAUAGUGUGCAUUUGGUCGGAAGUUCUUUUGUAAAACGCUGCGUUUUGUUGUUGAUAAACUGUAUUAUUCAAUGAAUUAUUUUGGACUGUAUGAUAAAUUCUAAAAAAGAAAUAGUGGGUCAGCUGGAAUCACUAUAUUACCAUAUUUGUAGUUGGACAAAUGGGCACCGUUGUGCUGUAUCGUACUAUGAUAUGUAAUGAUACGAAAAAUAUUCGCCCACGUUGGGACUCGAACCCAAGACCCUCAGAUUAAAAGUCUGAUGCUCUACCGACUGAGCUACGCGGGCUUCAUAUCUACUACCGAUGAGUACUUUAUUAAGUACUUUUUAAACAUGGAACAAAAUUCGGAAUACCUCUAAUAAUUUUGUCGUUCGAAUUAACUCGGUUUACUUUACCGCAAGCAUGCAUCCUCAAAUAACAUCUAUACUUCUGAGUGAAUUUCAUCAUACGACUGGGCCAAUGGUAAAGUACCAGGUUCCCAGAGAGGUAAUAACGAAAGCCCAUUUUGACACGAUCCACAAUUAUAUUAUCCCUAAACCAGAGUUCCAAGGAAGGCUUAUGACUGUAAAUGCACUAGGCUACAAAAUUGUCGGCUGUCCGGUAUCAAUCGGCGACACAAAGUAUCAGAGGAACGCCCUCAUGUUCAACCUCUGUUUUGUUUUUGAACAAGAUGUAGACACUAUUAACCAUGAACCUGUUGUGAAAAAGUUGGCCUCAUAUCUAACACAGAUUGAGCUGGAGAGUGGGUUUUUAUCAGCUGAGAGGAGUCAGGGCCUCAUACCACAAUUCAUGGAAAAGGUACUACAUCUGCUGAAUAAAUAUGGACGCUGCAGCAUUCCUGUUGGUGAAUCCAUUACUGUACAUCUUAAGGUAACAGUCAAUAUCAGUGAGCCCCCACCUGUUCUGGACCACGAUGUACCCAUCCUCAUCAGGGACAGGGUGAGGCCACAUCAUGAAUGGGACCUCACUACACAACAGGUUCUUCCCUACAUAGACGGAUUCAAUCCAACGUGUCGGAUAGCUGUGGAAGCAGAUGUGGAGAUUAAUCUUGUGAAGUCCUGCCUACAAAACCUUCUGCAUUACAACAUCAUAAAAAUCAUUCCAGUCUUCCAGUAUUCCAAUAUGUACACUGUGACGUCAGAUAUCAAGAAGCUGUACUCGGACCUACAGGAGCAGUGUGUGCUCUCUGUCGCAAUCAAAGGCCACACACUGCCCCGUUUGCGAGACAUUAUGACCCUCUACACAAGUAUGACCCAUGGGGUGACAGUUAAGGACCUCUGUUGUCGCUAUAAUCCACAUGGACUUAAAAUUGAUGAAAAAAAGCUGAUCCAGUUUGGUGUGGUGAAGAAUCUAAUUCGAGUCCUCAGGAAGUACCCUAUUGUGGUCCCCUCCAACUCUGAACCCGACCCACGGCUCCGGUCCCUCUACACCUUGUUUGAUGGGCUUCAUUGCUUAGAUGAAAUCUGCUGUAAAGUGGGCAUUGGGCAGUCAGAGUUGGAGGAGAGAAUUGAGAAUGAUCCCAAUGUAAGAGUGUGUAUGAAAUAGGGAGACAGACGUCAAGUGACACAAGUCCAAGAUAUCUGUAAAAGACUGGCGCCACAGGGAAGUGAGCCAAGGAGCGGAAUCUCCAAUCUCUGUGGACCAAUCUAAACAGUGAAGAUGGAAAUUAUAAACAAUGGAAUCAUCUAUAACGUGUCGAUAACGCAAAACACAGUUGUCACAUCUUUACAAUGUUAGAUGUAAUGUGCAAUGAAAUCAUAUUACAGGUAAAAGAUGGGCAUAAAACUGAGUGGAUCCUCUGUACAAGUGAAGAAGGAAAAUUUCUGCUGGGGACCCACAGUUCAACCAUCUUUACAUCUGUGACACAGGAAAACCAUGAUCAAUACCUAUGGAAUGAAGAUAAAUGAUGUACAUUAUGAAACCAUCUAUAACAUGUAGAUAGAGAUUGUACACAGUGCAACCAUCUACACAAUAUUGGCAUAAUCUGUACAGGUGUACAAUAAUUUUAAUUUACAAUAGAUGUAUAUGUACAACACUUACUGUACAAUAAAGUAACAUCAGAUGUAUGUACUACACUAACUGUACAAUAGAUCUACAUCAAGUGUUCAUGUGUCUACUACACUAACUGUACAAUAAAGUUACAUUAGGUGUGUGUCAUGCACUAACUUUACAAUAGAUUUACAUGAGAUGUACAUGUAUGUACUAUAUCACCUAUGCAAGAUGUACCAUGUUUGUAGAAAGUUGUAUGUUGUAAUUGUGCUUUUGGAAAAACAUGUUAAACGUUUACAUAAAACCCGCCUGUCUAAAUUCUUAUGUCAUGACUUCAUUGAAUUAAAGAAUUGUAAAAGAAAGCAA